AUGAAGCGUGCGAUAAUCCUGGGUGUGGGGUUCACUCUGUUGGGAUUUUUGUUACCUCCAGUGAUCUCGCUGGAGGUGGAGUAUCCAGCAUGCGUUACAAAUUGCACACAAGCAGUGCUCGAGUGCGAUCCUACGAAUGCAAUAUGCAUAUGCACAGCAUCGCCACUUCUGAAACAAGGAAUCAUUGCCUGCGUCAAGGACAACUGCACUGUGAAGCAAGGCUUUUCUGCUGCGGGUGCGAUAUCUUUGAUGUGCCAUGUACCAGUUCGAAGUCGCUCUGAGGCUAUAACCGCCACCACUGCUACAUCUGGGGUCCUUUCAUUCAUCGCAACUUCAAUGCGUACGUCUGUAGCAUUGUCUCAGGGUAGUUUCGGAUUGGACGAUGCAAGUGCUAUCGUCGCCGAACUAGCGGGCAUCUCGUUCACAGUCGUUGUUUUCUACCAAAGCUUAAUUGGCCUCGGAAAAGACACAUAUACUGUUGAUCCAGAAGAUAUAUACCCCUUUCUGAAACUCACAUACUAUGGACAAGGCAUAUAUUUCUGGUGCUCGGGCUUCACGAAACUUUGCUUCCUGUUCUUCUUCCUCCGAAUCUUUCCUUCGCAAAGGACAAGAAUGUUUUGCUUCAUUGGUAUCGUAGCCAGUGUUUUGUACACAUUGGCUUAUUCCAUCGCAGCAUGGCUUCAAUGCAAACCCAUAUCUGCCUCGUGGGAAGCAUGGGACGGAGAACACGGAGAACCCGACUAUUGCAUCAACCUGAACACUUUCUGGUACGCGGCAUCGGGAGUCAACAUCGCACUCGACCUUGUCAUCGCCGCAAUCCCCAUUCCGGAGCUUGUCACGUUGAAUCUUAGCUGGAGGAAGAAGGGGUCUCUCAUCGCCAUAUUCGGUGUUGGUUUCAUAACAAUCAUGGUCUCUUGUGUCCGUCUCCCCACCCUGCACACCUACGGCAACACAUACAACCCCCUCUGGAACCACUCCUGGGGCAAUCUAGUCAGCACCGUGGAGCUAAACGUGGGCGUAAUAUGUAUAUGCUUGCCCUCUUUUCGACGGUUCUUCCAGCGCUUUAUCCCUAAACUAUGCGGCGGAACCUCAACUCCAGACUCAAACUACCGGCAUUACGAUGACGACCACACGCCGAGAAAAAGGAGAAUCCAUCGCGACUCGGAUCUAUUCAACACUGUAACUAAGGCGGGGGAUACACGAGUUGUAACGGUCCAAGAGGAUGACGACGAUGAAAUCGAGCUGAUGGAGUUGGGGAAAGGGACGGGGAGAACAGCGAGUAUUGAGGGGAGUACAGAGAGUCAGCAAGAUAUGUAUGAAGGGCCUGAGCAGCAGCAUCAGGGCUGA